AUGGGCGUGGUUCCUAAUUUAAACCAGUGCCUCAACUUAGAAGUGCUAGAAUUGGACCAUAACUCGUUGACGAAAGUGCCACUGUUUGCUGAGUUUACUCGAUUAACCGAUUUAACGCUCAGGUCUAAUGAUUUACGCAGUGUUAAGCUCGAGGCGCCCAAUUUACGCCGACUCAUUACCGAUAAUAACAUGCUUGAGCUGCUUGAAGUGGAUAGCCGCUUGGUGCUGGUGGAUGCCCACCGCAACCGGCUCCCCUCUGUCACCAAUGACGAUGUGUCAGGCAACUUCAACGACGAUAAAAUUACUCUGGUCCAAGUGUACCACUCAGUGUCAUUGUUUAAGAACCCGUUAGAGCACAUCACGUUCCACUCCGGCGAGAUCCGGUGUGACUGGAGCGAUAUCAAGAGUAUCUGGUGGGGCGACCACGAGAUGGUUCACAUCCAAGGCCCCCGCCGAAGAGGAGGCAAAGGCACGUGGGAGUCCCACAUCAAGCUCCACAUCACCCCGAAAUUGGUGCUGAUGCCACUGAAUAUCGCUGUGGGGAUCCAGUAUACCCCCGAUACGCUUAGAGACAUCACCAUUGUGGUGACGGAACCUUCUGAUCUCACGUCGAUAACGUGGCCGCUGGCGGUGGAAAAGAUCAGAAUAUACCGUGAAGUGCACAUCCAGUUCCCCUACCGUGAUUUCAAGACCCACCAGAUGGUGCAAUUACCCAAUGGUAAUAGCUCGUUUGAGAAACUCCGCCAUUUACGGUACUUGGAGCUUAGCGGAUUGAACCUAAAGAUGCUGACGAAUCUGCCGCUCCGCCUCCCCAAGCUGCUCUACUGUUUUAUCUUUGACUAUAACGUCAAUGACUCCAUCCAGUUUCGGUUCACGGGGCUGGGCAGCUCGUCGACUGCGCUCAGAGUGAUGAGCAUCAUGUCCAAUUUCAAGAGUGAUAAGCAGUACUCGAAGUUCUCCUACGCUCUGUUGGGCCACGGCGGCGACUCUAUCCACCGGCACUUGGCGAUUUUGAAAGCGCUGUGUCCCCGGCAUAAGAAUGUGAGCCGGGAGUUUCUCGAGAAGUUAGCUCACCACGAGAUCGAUAUCGUCAAGUAUCAGGAGAAGAAGACGCUUGAAUGGUCUGCUGAGGUGAUGGACGACGUUUACGAUAAGCUGCGGUGUCCGCCCAAUUUGCUUAGUUAUGUGUUUGAGCGUAAGCUUAAGAACGGCACCUACGCCUACCGCGAGUACCCCAACCCCAACAAGUUUUUCAUCGCUGGCCAAAACACCUACAAGUGGAGAUAA